AAUGGCAGGUGUUGUACACAAAACAAAUAACUCAGAAGGCCAAGAAGUUUCGCGAUGGUGUCCUAAGGCUUGCAAGUUGUGGAUCGUCAGGGAGGCAGGGGAUUAUCAGGUAUGACAUGUUUGCAUGGGUUGUUGGUAGCCACGUUGUCAGGCCCUUCAGUACCACCAAUGGCAUUAUGAUCAUGCUGUACGAUGCAACCAGGACGCUCUUAGAUAGCGGAUUUCUGAAAAUGGAUGAAAUAAUCAUAUCUGGUGAAUCAUUAGCAUUUGAUGCUCACUUGGUGGACAUUGGAGAGAUUGAAUGUGACCAUAAAUCUCCAAUGGACUUGAAAGCUCCAGAAAAAAAACUUCAAGAGUGGGAGGCUAUGUACUCUAGCCAUAUAACUCAGAAAAACAAGAAGUACCAUGACGGUAUCCUUGGACUUUCACUUUGUGGUUCCUACCAAAAGCAGCAACACUAUCAAGCAAUUCAUGAUUUACAUGGAGUAACUCCACUAAAACUGCAGGGAAUUGACAUAAAGGUUACUCUAUUGACUGAAGAUGGGACCGUUUUGAGCCAUAAAUUCCUCAAGUUAUCAGAAGAUGUGACUACUGGAAGUGCAUUAAAACUUUCAAAUUACUUGGUGGAGGUUGGUGAGCCACGGAGGAGUCAUAAAGGCAAAGUUCUGCUCUAAGAGGCAUUUUUUUGCUGUCAUCUAUUCUCAUUUUCUGUAAAAAUUGCUGAGUGGCUUCUCCAAUAUCUUUGUUACAUCAUCAAGGAGAGUCUUAGAAGAAUGCCUCUCCGUUAAAACAUGUGGAUUCAAACUUUAGAAGCUAUGGGACC